AUGUCAGUCCAGCCGAAGCAAGGCCACAUGAGUUUCAUGACCCAGUCACCGGUCAUGUCGAUUAGUUGGUCGUCCUUCCCCACCGUCCCUUUGCGGUGCCUCUACACCACAUUUACCGACACAAUCACGUCGCACCUCUAUAUUUUGCAGUACGUCGUGCAGAGCGAUACGAUCACCAAAACCGUGUCGCCUGCAAUCCACGACCUCCCGUUCACGCCAACUGCAGCACACUUCACACCAAAGCCCGUCUCAAACAACGACAUUUUUGUAACUUCUGGUGACGGGCUCCGAAUUUUCUCAGUCUCAACUUCGAACGACGUCGGAUUACUCGAGACAAUGUAUCACCCCAAAUGCCCACUUCCAUCUUGUGGGUUUGAUUGGUGUCACCAAAACCCAGACCUUCUCUGCACCUGGUACUUGGAUAACACGUGCUCUGUGUGGAACGUUGAAACAAGGCAGAUGACAUGUACAAUUAAAACGAAAAAGCAAAUAUUCGACAUGAAAUUCUGCCCGAAUUCGCCUGACAUCUACGGUGUCGCGUCGGAGCAAGGGUUGUUGCAACUUAAUGACACAAGAAUGGACAACCCCACUAUGCUUCUCUAUCAAAGCCCCGACGCUCCAGAUCUGAUGAAGCUGUCGUGGAGCUCGAGUGAUCCGACAAGGAUUGCGACGUUCUCGUCGUUUGGGGACAGGGUCGUUGUGAUGGACACGAGAAAACCAUUUGAGCCGAUGACUCAACUCAAAAUAGCACAAAACCAAGUCAGCUGCAUCGAUUGGUCGACAACAUCAGCAAAUGAGUUGUGCAUUGGCACACUUGACAAGAAGGUCAUGGUGUGGGUCAUUAAGCCCACAAACCAAAACGAAAACUCGCUGCUUGAAUUCUCUUCAGAGGGCGAAGUAAACGACGUCUGCUGGUCAAAGGCAAACCCGGAGUGGAUUGGGGCGGCCAUGAGUAGCUCUGUGCAUUAUCUCCAUGUGUAG